AUGGAACGUGAUAUUCGACGAGACCGAAACCAAUGGCGAGGCUGCCAUACAUUCAACAAUAUUGUAUGUGACGGCGACCAAGUCAAGAUCCGUAAACGUAAUGGAGGGCUAAAGAUGGGUCACACAUAUUACUACUAUUAUGAGCUGGAUGGUUCAACGGAGACAUAUGAUCCUUCUAUGCCCACGACCAACGCCUGUCCAUAUCUUCCUGGCCAAACUGUCAACACCGUCGAUGUUCCUCAGGAGCAUUCUCUGUCGAGAAUUCGAAGUGCUUCGAUGAAUUCUCUACGGACUACUGACUUCAAGACGAUGAACCCAAGAGAUAGGUUUAUGACCCCACGGCCGGCUCCCCCGGUGCCCAGCCUUCCCGACCUUCGUCUUGGAUCUUCGCCAGCAAUGUCGCUUGUCCACAAGCGGUCGGCCCGCUCCCUCUCGCCUGCACCUAGCUGGAAGGGUGCUGCCCGGCGAUUCUUCGCACGUAAAAAGGGACAUAACCUAGACAGCGACGCCGGUAGUGAAACCGAGGUUGAAAGUCACUAUGAUGGAGAAGUCAGACAUCUCGACGAGCCCAGAAGCAUCACGCCGGGAAGCGUCCGAUCUCAUGACAUAUCUCUCGAGACCCUCGAGAGAUUUCUAUCAGAUGACCUACCUCAAGCUGUCUCUGUUGCGGAGCCGUCACGAUUGUACAUACCAGAUGAGAUUGUCGAAGAGAACGAAGACGAUGACAACUUUGCGACGUCGGCAGUGUCUGAGACCGCGCCUUUUACGAUGCUAUCACCUCCACCAUUCCAACGGAGCCUUUCGUCAAGUUCGGCCAGGGACUAUAACAACGGAUCCACGGCCACCAUAGCUUCCCCACGGAUCACGCAAAACAACGUUACUACAGAUUAUGUUGGCGUUCCAUCCACGACGGCCAACCUGAAGUUCGACGACAUUCCACGGUCGCACUUUUCUUUUUCAACAACGUCAUCAAGCUUCGUUUCUACAUCAUCGCCGCAGUCAACCGAAUCUCAUGAUCUCAAUCAAUUUUCAUUCUUUGACGAAACGGAUGAUGAGAGAGAGGAUAUCUUUCCUACAGAUAACGGAUCAUUCGCCGUUCAAGGAACCCGCCGAAGCAGCAACGCGGGGCGCAGCAUUCACAAAUAUAGCGAUUCGCCAAUCACGAGUUAUAGUCUACCUCAGCCUACAAUGCACGGCGACAAGCCUUUGGACACGAGUCGCAUAUCCACAGCGGCGCUUGGAACAGAUUUGGAUACUAGAUUGGAUAGCGGCGUGGCCUUCGGUAAUACCAACCUUCUAGGCCGACCAAGUAUCGAUACUGGACUGGACGAUUUGGUUAGCGACAUGGGCUGGAUGGCCGAUGUGAUCCAGCCUAAGUUCAUCUAA